AAUAAAAUUUUUAAAACUACUUUAUUGGAAAUUUAUCAUUUUUAAAGAGACCUAUUGUAGAUUUGAAAUUCUGAUUUAGAAAUUAGGAUAACAAAGAUAUUUUUGAUAUAUGAGUAUUAUUUAUGAAUCUUUGAUUAAUUGGUUGUAUUUUCUAAAUAAACUUUUUAAAAGCCACUAUUUUUGGAAAAUUAUCAUUUUUAUAGGGAAAUAUUGUUGAUUUGGGAUUCUGAUUUAGAAGUUUGGUAUUCUGAUUUAGAAAUUAGUAUAACAAGAAUUUUGUUGAUAGAUAAGUAUUCUUUCAGAAGUUUUGAUCAUUAUGUUGUAUUUUAAAAAUUGAUAUGUUUGGAAAAUUAUCAUUUUUAUAGAGAACUAUUGUAGUUUUAGGAUUAUGAUUUAGAAAUUAGGAAAAUAAUCAUUUUUGUUGAUAUAUGAGUAUCUUAUAGAAUUUUUGAUCAAUAUGUUGUACUUUUUAAAAUAAACUUUUAAAAUAUGCUAUUUUUGGAAAAUUUAUCAUUUUGAUGGAAGAUUGUUGUAGAUUUUGGAUUUUGAUUUAAAAAUUAGGAUAAUAAGAAUUUUGGUUCACAGAUGAUUAUUCUUUCUGAAUUUUUGAUAAAUAGGUUAUAUUUUUUAAAUAAAAUUUUAAAAACUGCUAUUUUUAAAAAGUUUUCAUUUUAUAAAGAAAUAUUGUAAAUUUGGGGUUCUGAGUUAGAAAUUAGGAUAAAAAUAAUUUUGUUGAUAUAUGAGUAGUCUUCUAGAACUUUUGAUCAAUAUAUUGUAUUUUUAAAAACUGCUAUUUUUGAAAGUUAUCAUUUUUAUAGAGAAAUAUUGUAGAUUUGAGAUUCUAAUUUAGAAAUUAAGAUAACUAUAAUUCUUGUUGAUAUAUGAAUAUUUCUUUAAAAUUUUUGAUCAAUAAGUUGUAGUUUUUUAAAUAAACUUUUUAAAAUUUGAUAUUUUUAGAAAGUUAUCAUUUUUAAUAGAGAAUUGUUGUAGAUUUGGGAUUCUGAUUUAGAAAGUAUGAUAACAAGAAUUUUCAAAUUUAUCAAGGCCUAGCUAUGGCAUCAUGACUGUCCAAAAGUUUCAUUGCGACAUUACCUUCCUCCGAGUUAAUUUAUUGCGGUGAAAAUUAUCAACUUGCCGUCUAUGUGAAGCAAUCAGAUAGCUGAAGUCGAGUAUGGGGAUCACGUUAACAAUGGGUCUAACCUAUUAGCUAUAUAUCAGCGGGUCUCAAUAACGGAUAGAUAGUAAUCAGCGAUAUUGUCCUAAUCUUUGAAUGUUCAGAGGGAGAUGGGUGCAAAGUCUUAGGUAGUAGUAUUCGAGCUGUGUAUUAUUCCUAAUGGACAUACCAUGUAUUGUGCGUAUCAAAGCUGGCCCUAAACUAUCGGACGCUUAAAUGCACUUGAGAAACUUUAAAACUUUUGAGAAAAGGAACUUAUGAUUUUAUCUGCCAUCAACAUCACAUUUUUGAUGAUUAAAAGCAAAGAUAAUUUAUUGAUAACUUAACCUUUUGCUAGAAUUGACAAUAGAAUUUAUGUUCUUCCUGAAGGGAAAUUUUUUUUAGAUAGGUUAAACUUACGCUAUGUCAUGAUACUAUUAACGGUGUAAUCUAAAAUCCACGAAGAUCUAUAGAUUUCUCUUCCAAAAUUUUAAAUUAUAUGAAAUAGUAUCUCUUAUAUAACAUAAGUGAUUAUGUGAAUAACCUUAAAAGAACAAUACCAAUAUAUUUCACUAUAUAUGUAUAUAUGUUCGAAAAUAAUGUUUUAUUUUUUGUGGUCAGAAUGAUACAUUUAUUUUUUGGCAACCAAAUUCUUUAUCUUGAAAAAGAGUCAGCUAUUUAUGUUUUAGUAAUCGACUUUAACUAUUUCUAUUUUGAAUUUUUUUUACUUCAACUAUUUGAUACGGUAGUAUUUUAUAAAAGACACCUUUGAAUACCAUUUAGAUGGUUUGUUACAAUUACAAAUACUUUUUUUUUGUUGACAAAAGAUAAAUGUGAUGUUAAUUUUCACCUGUUAUUAAGAAGAGACUGGAAUGCUUAAUCUUUUUACAGUUUAAAAUAUUUAACUAAAUGUUUUACUAUUAAAUGUUAAUAGAUACAAUUGCAGUAAGUGUAAUUUUAAUUUAGGCUGGAUUUCACAUUUAUUGUAGUCAUCAACCUAUUGUUACACGGGUACUAAUUACAUUGCUCCAUAAUUAUUUGGGUUUAAUAAUUAGAUAUCUUUCAUUAUUACGCAGAUAAACCCGUUAAAAACAAAGUACGUUCGCAUUGAAAUUUUUUUUACCUAAUUUAUCAUUAUAUAAACAUGUUUUGGUGAGAAUUAAUAAUUAAUUAGAUAUGUAUGAUUUCAUUUUAGUUCAAAACUAUUAAGUUUUGUGUGUUUUAUUUUAUUUGGAAGUUGUUCCAAAUUAAUAUAUAUUUUUCCGUAUAUUGCUUGUGGGGAUAAUAUAUUGUAUAGUUUUUGUUUAUAAUAUAUAUGCUUUCAUAUGACAUUGUACACUUUUAAAAAUCUAAUUAUAUUAUAUGUUUGAUAGACAACACAUAAUAGUAUAUUUAAAUCGUUUUUAAUUAACGUUUGAUGUCAAUUUGAUGUUUUUAAUAUUUAAUUUUUAGGUAAAUUAAUUAGAUUGACUAUCUAAUAGUAUUUUUGAUAUUCAGUUAACUAACCUAGAUUUUCUUAAUUUUAUUAAAAUUAAUUUAAAAUACUAACUAUAUAUCAUGUAUUAGAUUCUUAUGUGCAUAUUGUAAGUACAUAUACUAACUAUAUAUUGAUAUUUUUAUAAAAUCGUUUCUUCACUAAUAUAACAAAUUAGAUCCUAUAAGUAUUUUUUAGCAACAGUGUUUAAACUGAAUAUCCAAUAAAUAUUAAAUAAUUUAUGUACUGUAACAGAAUAAUCUGAUUUGCAUAUAUAUUUUAAUCUAUUAAUCAAAAAUGAAUAUGUCCAAAAUUCAAGUGACAACAUUUAUAAGUAGAUAAGAAAAGAGGAUUCUAAAUUAAUAAAUUAGAAUUAUAAAUACACACCAACAUAAAAGAGUAAAUGCAACCCACUAUAAUGCAUUUGGGUUGGUAUAUUAUAUGGAGGCCACAUCAAUGUUCCAUGUGGUAUCACUUAGUUUAGGUAUAUACUAAUGUAACGGGAAAUAAUAAAUACAUGAGUCUAGUCUAUAAAUCUAUUUGUUUUUCCAUACGUGUUAAGAAAACUUUUCUUAGUUUCACUUUAAAAAUGUUAGUUUUCCAUCAUUUUCAGAAGCAUCUUAUACAGAUCCGGUCCUGAAAUUUGGAAACCCUAUUUGAAACUAAUAUAUAUAUAUAUAUAUAUAUAUUAAAAAUAGUUGAAAUUAUUUAUUUUAUUUUAAGAAAUAUCAAAAUUGUUAGUUUUAAUAACAUAAAAAUACAUUUAUAUUUUAAUUGUACUAUUAAAGUUAUGUGUUUAAUUGUUUGACAACAUUUAUUUAAAUUAUAAUAACAAAAAUCAUUGACAUUAAGGUUGCCGAAACAGAGGGAGAUUGGUGGGUUUGAUUUGCAGGGUAAGCUUUGGGUGAGGGAAUAGGGUUGAGGUUGGGAGGGGAAAGAGAAGAGGGUUGACGGGGAAUUGGAGGUCAACAUUGCACUUAAACACACUUUCUACAUUUAUUGAAGCACACUUUGUACAAUAAUCAUUGACAUUAAGCUCCGACGAUCUCUCUAUUGGUGUUGAAAAUUUACAUCACCGACUAAAACACAUGUGAAUCAAGCAUCUGAGCGUGAAUUUAUGUUAUUUUCGUCCAAAAUACCAUUAAUAUAUAACAACAUAUCAUAACACUUGUGCUGCUAUGUCCAUAGAAUGAAUUAUAGAUUUUUAUGUGGUUAUUCCAAGCAAUUUUCCUAAUAUUAAGGAACUGACGUGUAUAGAUCACGUGACAGUGUUUGACAAGAAAAACUAUUUAGUUUUAGUGGAUUUUUAAUGACUUCCAUAAAAUCAAUAUGACAGACUGAAAUCUCCGUGAAAGACCUACUAUAUACAAAUAUAUAUUAAUGCUAAUCUAUUUCUUUUAUUUUGCAAUUCAAUUUCAUCACCUACCAUCUUUUCUCUUAGAAACAAAUAAUGCAUGUUUCAAAAAAAACAAAACAAAUAAUGCAUGUUGUAUUUUUUGAACCAAAUUUCAAUUAAAAUUCAGGUAGACGAUCAUAACAUAACUAAAAUACAAAGUUCAAAACAAUUCAAAAGAACUGAAACUAAAAUGAGAAAAUCUGAGCAAAAAUGAUACGUUGUGUACUUGCAAUAUACAUAGCUGAACCUGGAACUUCCAGAGGCCACAAGAAACCGCAGGUAACCACAGUCAGACUCAUUGAUAAAACAUGGUAGAGACUGACACUCACAGCAUACCAAAAACAAACUUAAACAAUAAGAGGCAAAGAUGGAGAUCAAAGCCUCUAACUAUAAACCGGCGGCGCGUGGGCCUUCAAGAACAUAAAAAAUUCUCCAUAGUUGUUUGGAUAAUCAAUAGAUUGGUGUCGGUCUUCACCAACUUUAACUCUCAUUCUAUUUCACACGUCUCAAACCACUCAUUCUUCGCAAUUAACUAUCUUCCCUAAUUAAUCAAAAUUUGAUAUCCACAUUUUGGCUAUUAUUUUAUUCAAAUCACUUCCUUGCGUAUUCGGAAGAUCGACUAAUUAAUUUAUGUAACGGCUAUAGUCAUACUGAUAUUGUUAUCUAUUAUACAUAGUCUGUUCUUUUUCUUUCUCUAACCGUUGAAAAAUCAAAAGCAUAUAUUUCUUUGGUAUACUAAUAUCAACCACCUCAACAACAAAAUCAUGCCCAUUCUCUUUCGCUUCUCACUAUAUAAACAACACUCCUAAAAAGUAUUCACCAAUCCAUACUCAUUCUCACCUUCCAAAUCUCCUAGCUCUCUCUCUUCUCUUCUUGUCUGAUGGGGGCUCAGGAGAAGCGGCGUCGUUUCCAGCCAAUAACAAGCUAUGAGAUUAAGGACCGGUCGAACCAAACCGUGGCUGCUGAUCUCGAUGGAACGUUACUAAUCUCUCGUAGCGCAUUUCCUUACUAUUUCCUCGUGGCCCUCGAAGCAGGGAGCUUGCUCCGCGCUUUGAUCCUACUUACGUCCGUACCAUUCGUCUACCUCACGUACCUCUCCGUCUCCGAGACACUAGCCAUCAACAUUUUCAUCUUUAUCACCUUCGCUGGUCUCAAGAUCCGAGACGUUGAGCUCGUGGUCCGUUCCGUCCUACCGAGGUUUUACGCGGAGGACGUGAGACCUGACGCGUGGAGUAUCUUCAACACGUUCGGGAAGCGGUGCAUAGUAACAGCUAGUCCACGGAUCAUGGUUGAGCCGUUCGUGAAGACAUACCUAGGAGUCGAUAAAGUUCUUGGAACGGAACUCGAAGUGUCCAAAUCGGGUCGUGCAACUGGUUUUGUUAGAAGACCAGGUGUUCUCGUUGGUCAACACAAAUGCGACGCCAUUUUGAGAGAGUUCGGUGGCGUUGCGUCUGGUUUACCUGAUUUGGGGCUUGGCGAUAGUAAGACAGACCACGAUUUCAUGUCAAUUUGCAAGGAGGGUUACAUGGUGCCACGUACAAAAUGCGAACCAUUACCAAGAAAUAAACUCUUAAACCCUAUAAUAUUCCACGAGGGCAGAUUAGUCCAACGACCAACUCCGUUAGUUGCAUUGUUAACUCUCCUCUGGCUUCCCGUCGGUUUUCUAGUCUCUCUCAUCCGCGUUUACACGAAUAUUCCGUUACCGGAACGCAUCGCCCGUUACAACUACAAGCUCACAGGGAUCAAACUAAUCGUCAACGGCAACCCGCCUCCGCCACCUAAACCCGGCCAACCAGGCCACCUCUUGGUCUGCAACCACCGGACUGUCCUCGACCCCGUGGUGACAGCUGUCGCGCUCGGUCGGAAAAUUAGCUGCGUCACGUACAGUAUCAGCAAAUUCUCUGAGCUAAUCUCUCCGAUAAAAGCCGUUGCGUUGACUCGUCAGCGCGAGAAAGACGCAGCGAACAUCAAGCGUCUCUUAGAGGAAGGUGAUCUCGUGAUAUGUCCCGAGGGAACCACUUGCCGUGAGCCUUUCCUUCUCCGGUUUAGUGCACUCUUUGCCGAGCUUACUGACAGGAUCGUUCCCGUGGCGAUUAAUACGAAACAAAGCGUGUUUAAUGGUACAACUACACGUGGCUACAAGUUUCUUGAUCCUUACUUUGCGUUCAUGAACCCCGUUCCGACGUUCGAGAUCACGUUCCUUAAACAGCUUCCGGCUGAGCUGACGUGUAAAGGAGGCAAGUCGCCGAUAGAGGUGGCGAAUUACAUACAGAGGGUUUUAGCAGGAACCUUAGGGUUUGAGUGCACCAACUUCACAAGAAAGGAUAAGUACGCAAUGCUAGCUGGUACCGACGGUAGGGUUCCGGUGAAGAAGGAGAAGAUAUGAUUAUUUGAUUGGAGGAAAGAGAAGAUGAAGAAAUAAUACAAAUAUUUAAAUCUUUUUUUUUCAUUUAGCAAGAAUUGGUAAGUUUGUUAAUUUCUUUGUCUUCUAUGCUUCGAUAAUUGUUUCUUUGCAAGUUUUUUCGUGAUAUUUUCAAGUUUUACUUUUAGUAUAAUAACGAUUUAAGAAAGAAAACCUUGGUGUGAUCAUUUGCUUGAUUGUAUAUAAUAUUUGUCUUUUAAAUCGAAUGUAAAUUAAUU